AUUAAUAGCGCACUCUAUAAAUAUCUUAGAAUCUUCGCGAUAGCGUAUCUAGAUAAUAUACUAGUAUACUCUAGAGAAUCGCUUGAAGAACAUAUUAAAUAUAUUAAGAAAGUGCUUAGGAAGCUUAAAGAAUAUAAGCUAUAUCUAUAG